UACCAACAAUUUAACAACAAACUUCACCAUCAACAACUACCAGCAAUAUAACAACUACAACAACAGGUACUCCCAUCACUACAACUACUACUACUGGUACUCCAACAACAACUACAACAACUACCACACAACUAAUGAGUAGUUCCUUCAGUAGCAGCAGUCUAGGUUCAAGUAGUACGAGUUCAUCGAUCAGCAUAUCAAGUCCAACCUUUACUACAACAACUGCAACACCAACAACUACUACUGGAUCAUCUACAACAACAACAGCUACUCCCACCACCUCAUCAACUGCAACCACAAGUACUUCUAAUACAACAUCAGCAACACCUACAAGUACAACAAUAUCUGCAACAACAACAUCUGGCACACCGACCACAACAACUGCAACAACAGGUACUUCUAAUACAACAUCAGCAACACCUACAAGUACAACAAUAUCUUCAACAACAACAUCUGGCACACCGACCACAACAACUGCAACAACAGGUACUUCUAAUACAACAUCAGCAACACCUACAAGUACAACAAUAUCUUCAACAACAACAUCUGGCACACCGACCACAACAACUGCAACAACAGGUACUUCUAAUACAACAUCAGCAACACCAACAAGUACAACAAUAUCUUCAACAACAACAUCUGGCACACCGACCACAACAACUGCAACAACAGGUACUUCUAAUACAACAUCAGCAACACCUACAAGUACAACAAUAUCUGCAACAACAACAUCUGGCACACCGACCACAACAACUGCAACAACAGGUACACCAACCACAACAACUACGGUUCCAACUACCACCACCACCACCGGUUCUCCAACUACUCAAACAUCCAGCUCCUCCUCGUUCAGCAGCAGCAGUCUAGGUUCAAGUCUGUCUAGUAGUUCCCAAUACAGUGUAUUAAGCCCCUACUUUACUACAACAACCACAACAUCAUCUACAAUUACAACCACACCUAUCAGUUCCACAAUCUCGACAACCACAAAUACAUCAAAUACUUCUACAACCAUGUCUACCACUUCCACAACAACUCCCUCAAUUACAACAUCAACUUCAUCUACUACCACAACUCCACCAACUACAAAUACAUCAACUACUUCUACUACCACACCUACCACUACAACAACAACUCCAACAUCUACAAGUAGAACUACUACUACUACUACCACCACUCCUACCACUACCACAACAACUCCAACAUCUACAAGUACAACAUCAACUACUACUACCACUCCUACCACUACCACAACAACUCAAACAUCUACAAGUACAACAUCAAGUACUACUACCACUCCUACCACUACCACAACAACUCCAACAUCAACUACUACUACCACUCCUACCACUACCACAACAACUCCAACAUCAACUACUACCACCACUCCUACCACUACCAUAACAACUCCAACAUCUACAAGUACAACAUCAACUACUACUACCACUCCUACCACUACCACAACAACUCCAACAUCUACAAGUACAACAUCAUCUACUACAACUACCACAUCUACCACUACUCCACCAACUCCGACAACUACAAGUACAACAUCAACAACAUCCACUCCAACACCUACUACUACCACAUCAACGACUUCAACUACAACAACGCCUGCUACAACAACCACAAGCUCAACACCUAUCGCAACUUCUCCCUCUCCCACCACUACUACCUUGACAACAGCAGAAACUACAAGAUUCACUUCUUCUUCUAGUUCUUCCUUCAGUGGUUCAAGACUAGAAGAGGUUAAUAUGAGGAGAGGGAUCUUCCAGGGGAACUCACUGUCCCCAUCACUCUUUGUAGUAGCCAUUAUUCCCAUGACAAAAGUACUGCAGAAGAUGGAUGUUGGGUACCAACUCAAGAAAAGAGGCAACAGAAUUAACCAUUUGAUGUUCAUAGAAGAAAUCAAGCUGUAUGGUAAGAGCAUCAGGGAAAUAGAUAUCCUAAUCCAGACUUGUAUUAAGCCCCUACUUUACUACAACAACCACAACAUCAUCUACAACUACAACCACAUACUAUCAAUUCACAAUCUCGAACCCCACAAUACAUCAAAUACUUCUACAACCACGUCUACCACUUCCACAACAACUCCCACAAUUACAACAUCAAUUUCAUCUACUACCACAACUCCACCAACUACAAAUACAUCAACUACUUCUACUACCACACCUACCCCUACAACAACAACUCCAACAUCUACAAGUACAACUACUACUACCACCACUCCUACCACUACCACAACAACUCCAACAUCUACAAGUACAACAUCAACUACUACUACCACUCCUACCACUACCACAACAACUCCAACAUCAACUACUACUACCACUCCUACCACUACCACAACAACUCCAACAUCAACUACUACCACCACUCCUACCACUACCAUAACAACUCCAACAUCUACAAGUACAACAUCAACUACUACUACCACUCCUACCACUACCACAACAACUCCAACAUCUACAAGUACAACAUCAUCUACUACAACUACCACAUCUACCACUACUCCACCAACUCCGACAACUACAAGUACAACAUCAACAACAUCCACUCCAACACCUACUACUACCACAUCAACGACUUCAACUACAACAACGCCUGCUACAACAACCACAAGCUCAACACCUAUCGCAACUUCUCCCUCUCCCACCACUACUACUCUGACAACAGCAGAAACUACAACAAGAUUCACUUUUUCUUCUAGUUCUUCCUUCAGUGGUUCAAGUUCAAGUCUGUCAAGUAGUUCCCAAUACAGUGUAUUAAGCCCCUACUUUACUACAACAACCACAACAUCAUCAACAACUACAACCACACCUAUCAGUUCCACAAUCUCGACAACCACAAAUACAUCAAAUACUUCAACAACCACAAAUACAUCAAAUACUUCUACAACCUCGUCUACCACUUCCACAACAACUCCCACAAUUACAACAUCAAUCUCAUCUACUACCACAACUCCACCAACUACAAAUACAUCAACUACUUCUACUACCACACCUACCACUACAACAACUCCAACAACUACAAGUACAACUACUACCACUACUACCACCACUCCUACUACUACCACAACAACUCCAACAUCUACAAGUACAACAUCAAAGACAACUACCACUCCUACCCCCCCAAUACACAACAACUCAACAUCUACAGUGACAACAUCAACUACUACCACCACUCCUACCCCACUACACAACAACUCCAACAUCUACAAUACAACAUCACUACUCAACUACCUAAACCACUACUCCACCAACUCCGACAACUACAAGUACAACAUCAACAACAUCCACUCCAACACCUACUACUACCACGUCAACGACUUCAACUACAACAACGCCUGCUACAACAACCACAAGCUCAACACCUAG